CCUCCAUUUCUUUUCUACAGCCUUAACGUUUUAUCUUUUUUUCUCGCGACCCAAACACGAACCGACCUCGGCUCCUCUCCAUUCCCAUUUUACCAACUUGAAUUUUCCCAGCCCUCAUUAACUUAUCCCUCUUCGUUAAUUUUUCCCGUUCCUUUGUACUCGUUUUGCUCCAUUGCUGAUUGAUUCGCGCGCGUUCAUAUUCCGUGAUUAAUUCUUUGUUCAACUUUUUUUCUCCUCUCUUUUCUUCUUCUGUCCCGUUUCCUUCUGAUGUCAAUCCAUCUCUGCUGUUUCCGUUUCCCGUUUUGAUAUUUUAUAUCUCUGUAUCUCGUUUCCCUCUUCCAAUUCGCUUUCGGAGGAGCUACAGCUCGCUGAGAGCGCUUUCUUCCCCCCCUGCAAGGUAGGUAACUGAGCGAUGAUGAAUCAAGGAGUUAACGCCCAGACUGUUGCAGCCGCGGACCCUAACUCGCUUGAGAGCAGAUAUGCAAUUAAUGCAAGCCAAGGGCAGGCACAGUCAUAUCUUCCCUCAGCACCUGGGUCUGAGGCUGCUUCAUGGACAGUGCACAAGGUAGAGGGUUAUCUCUCACAGGAUGGAGUGCCAGCAAACGCCAGUUAUCAACAUGUUCAGCAGCCAGAGCCACACACACAAAAUGUUCAGGAUGGCUCAUAUGUGGCCCCCCUUUCUAGUUCCUCGAGUACGGGAACUGCUAGUGCACCACAAGACUACAAUAGUUAUACAUCAUACUCAAAUACCACAGAUCCUUACAGUGCAUAUUCAGGAUACUACAAUGGCUAUCAGCAACAAACUAACAAUCAAUACUCUCAGCAGCAACCCAACCCCUCGUACUCUCAGCCGGUAGAAGCAUAUCAAAAUACAGGUGCUGCUUAUCAGCCUAAUUCCUCAUUUCAGAAUACUGGGUCUUAUGCUGGGACUGCAUCUUAUUCAACCACUUACUACAAUCCUGGUAAUUAUCAGACAUCUGGAGGUUACCCAAGCAGUGGAUACAAUAAUCAGCCAACCGCUUGGAACAAUGGAAGUUAUGCCAAUUAUACAUCCUACCAGUAUCCAAAUUACACUUCAGAUACUUCAAGUGCCUAUAGUUCUGUUUCAGCGCCUGCAACUUAUCAGCAGCAAUAUAAGCAAUGGCCAGAGUAUUACAGUCAAACAGAAGUUACAUGUGCACCGGGAACAGAACACUUGUCUGCUGCUAGUAACAGCAACCAUGGGAGUUCACUUCCUACUGUCUCUGGUGGGUACCCUACACCUACCAACCAGAUUCAGCCUCAGUCACUGCCUCCGCCUCCACCCCUACCCCCUCCGUCCCUUACCCCUACCUGGAGGCCAGAAACCAGUUCAUCUGAACUGCCUUCCAUGCAGCCUGGAGGAGCAGCCAGUGGUGCUCAUGAUAAUUACUGGAACCAGCCGGCUCCAAGUUUUCAAACUCAUCUUGCUGCUCCUACUCAGCCAAUAUAUCAAAACUCUUUGGACUCAAAAACUUCUUAUGAAAAUUUUCAGGAACUAAAGACUGCUCCUCAAGGAUUGAAUUCCCAAUAUCCUGUUGUUCAUCAGGUGUCCCAGAAUUAUCAAUCAACUUUACCAACUGUUCCAUCAUUUGAUGCGCGAAGGGUAAGCAAAUUGCAGAUUCCAACAAAUCCUAGAAUUGCUUCGAAUGCAGCUCUUGGCAUAGCAAAAACAGAAAAGGACAGUUAUGCGGCCAAUUCAGCUCCGAGGCCGGCUUAUAUUAGUGUUUCUGUACAAAAGCCAAAUGACAAGAUGUCGCCAAAUAAUGCUGCUGAUCCUAUGCUGAAGCCUACCAUGCUCCCGAAGUCAUUACGUGGUUAUGUUGAAAGGGCUUUUGGGAGAUAUAAAGAUGACGAUGCUAAAAGGGCAGCUUGUGAAGCAUAUAUGAAGGAUAUCAUCACUGAAGCACGUGCUGAUGGUACACUUUAUACUAGAGAUUGGGAUAGUGAGCCUCUUUUCACAGUACCAGACUCUCUUUCCAUCAGCAAGGCAAAUAUACAAACUCCAACUCAUGCUUCAAUACCAAAUUAUAAUAAGAGUCCAGUCAGACGGUCUAAAAGCAGAUGGGAGCCUUUAGCCGAAGAGAAAAUGUUGGAAAAACCUGUUUCUGCCAGUAAUGAGAUUGGAAAAUAUGGUAGCUGGGACAGAAAGACUUUCAGUGGGUACUCUGCUACCAAGGAUAAUUCUCUCAGUAGUUUCAGAUUCUCUGGACCACAGCAGAGAACUCCUAGCAAAAGUGCCCAGAGGCCCAUGAAAAGGCAACGCAUCGUAAAUGGUACUGGUUUAACUAACAAUGAUGAUGAUGCAUCAAGUGACAGUGACAAGGAGCAAAGUUUGACAGCAUAUUAUUCUGGUGCAAUGGCAUUGGCUAACAACCCAGAGGAAAAAAAGAGACGAGAAAGUCGAUCUAAACGUUUUGAUAGAGGGCAAGGGCAUCGUCCGGACAUCAAUUAUUUCAAACCAAAAAAUGCUGGUCCUGCAAACUUGUACACCAGAAGAGCUAGUGCCUUGAUGCUUAGUAAGAGCUUUGAUGAUAGUGCAAACCAAGCUGUUGAAGACAUUGAUUGGGAUGCACUCACUGUUAAAGGAACAUGUCAGGAAAUUGAAAAACGCUUUUUGCGUCUCACUUCUGCACCUGACCCCUCCACUGUGAGACCAGAAGAUGUACUAGAGAAAGCUUUGUUAAUGGUUCAAAAUUCUCAAAAGAACUACCUUUAUAAGUGCGAUCAGUUGAAAUCCAUCCGUCAGGAUAUUACUGUACAGAGGAUAAGGAAUCAGUUAACUGUUAAGGUAUAUGAAACACAUGCAAGACUAGCAAUGGAAGUUGGUGACUUGGCUGAGUAUAAUCAGUGUCAGUCACAGUUACAGAUCCUCUACUCAGAAGGAAUUGAGGGCUGCCUCAUGGAGUUCGCAGCUUACAACUUGCUUUGUGUUAUCUUGCACUCUAAUAACAAAAAGGAUCUUUUGACGUCAAUGUCAAGAUUAACCCCAGAAGCGAAGGAGGAUGAUGCGGUGAAACAUGCUCUUGCAGUUCGUGCUGCUGUCACUUCUGGAAAUUAUGUUACUUUUUUCAGACUGUACAAGUCGGCUCCCAACUUAAACACUUGCUUGAUGGAUCUUUAUGUUGAAAAGAUGCGGUACAAGGCUGCAGUCUGCAUGUCCAAGUCAUAUCGCCCUACUGUUCCCAUUUCAUAUAUUGCGCAAAUCUUGGGCUUCUCUAAUGCUGCGGAUGAAAAUGGGGAGACGGAGUUGAGUGGGUUGGACGAGUGCUUAGAAUGGUUGAAGGCACAUGGUGCUAGCCUGAUCACAGACAACACUGGGGAGAUGCAACUCGAUGCAAAGGCAUCUUCUUCCACCCUGUACAUGCCAGAGCCUGAAGAUGCAGUUGCUCAUGGAGACUCUAGCCUUGCUGUCAACGAUUUCCUGGCUCGAACCACAUAAUGAUGCAGAAGGCUGAUUGUAGUUUCGCUGCAGGUAGCACAAGAAAUCGGUGGAAAAGAGCUUGUGUGUGUCCCUCCGACGAGUUCGAGAAAGGUAACCAUUUUUCCCACUUUCCUGAGAAUCUUGAAGAGGGUUAUGUUGAAUGGUGUACAAAAGGGCCGGUUGGCUCUGAGCGUAACUAGAUGUGUGUUAAGUUGAUUCGUUGUUAGUGAAGUUGUAAGAAGGUAUAAGGUAACAGAUUAAAAUUUCCAGGCAUAUACAAAAAGAUCGAUCUGUUGUAUUUUAUGUUGAUCCUUUGAAACACUUACCCGGAGGCACUCAGCUUCCAGAUUCCGUGAUGAAAUAAACCCAAAUUGUUCAUGAACGUACCAGUGAAGCUUUUCGAAGAACACGAAUCAAAUCCAUAGUUUGGAGCUGACAAAGAAUAGCAUAAACCGUAAAAUCCGCAGAUCGGAACCGAUCGCCGCCAUUUUCCCGCUCCCGGCUCAAUUUCGGAUCACAUUGUUCCUUCGUGGCUCUCAAUUCUUUCGCCGGAGACGACUCCGGUCAGACGCUGAUUUUCUCCUUCUCGUACUUCAAUGUACAACGCCGGCACCGCAGCCACGAAUUAGAUCUGGACGAGGACGAUCGACGGGGUGUGGUAGCUGAGCACGCUCUUCACCGUCGCCAGCUCCACCAGUAGCAGCGCCGCCAGCCCGAGAAACGCGAUCCGCCCGUUCAACCUCUCGCUGUGGCCUGUGAGGAGUGAAUCCGAAUUCCGCUUUCAAGCCUGCCGAGACCGGCUCCUUCAGCGGGACCGGAGGCAGGUAGUGGGCCGCGCCGGAGGAUUUCGAGGAGGCUCUCUGCUUUCUGGCCUUCCGCAUCUCCGCUUUCUUCCCCCGUUGAUUGGAUAAGGUUUCCUUCUCCCUCGUGGUGCUCUAUCCGUUUCUUUGUUCAACUGCGGGCGGGACUAUUCGUUUCUGUGGAGUAGAGUUUUCCCUUUCGGAACAUGUUCGUUGAGGUUUUGGGUCUAAGAUUCGGGAAACUUGGCCCAAUAAUAUGUAGCUGGACGAUCCAUUAAGAACUAGAUCCAGUAACGUUGGC